GGUUCUCCCUGAUUGUACUUUUUUCAUGACUUUUGACUCCUCGAGGACACCGUAGUAAUGUGAUCGGAACUUCCGUAGAAAAAACAGAUUCACUGUUUUGAAAAGUGCUGCCAGUAUGGAGGGAGAUCCUCUCUCAGCCCUGUUUACUCCUGCUUUUGUGGUGGAUGUGGACAAAGUGAAGAGGAAUGCCCAGAGGAUGAUCGAGCUCUGCCAGAAACUGGGAGUCCAGCUUCGUCCACACAUGAAGACCCACAAAACCCUUGAGUGUGCUGACAUUAUGACAGGUGGAUCACAGAGGUGCAUAGUGGUUUCCACCCUGGCAGAGGCCUGUUUCUAUGCUGACCAUGGAUAUGAUGACAUCCUCUAUGCCUACUCUAUUCCCUUUGAUAAGGUAGAGCGUUGUGCAGCCCUGUCAGAGAGACUGGAUCUCUUCCAGAUUUUAUUGGACCAUCCUGAUGCUUUGGAGCAGCUCCGAAAAAGACCCCUGAAAGAUGGUCGGCAGUGGCACGUCUGGCUCAAACUCGACUGUGGCAAUGGGAGAGCUGGCGUCCUGCACUCGGAGCCAGGAGCGCUCAAACUGGCUGAAGCCAUCGCUAAGACGGAAGGCGUGGAACUUACAGGAGUGUACGCCCACUGUGGGAAUACCUAUUACUGCACAGGAGUUGAGCAAAUACAGGCUGUUGCCCAGGAAACCACCAAACUGACUCUGCAGUUCAUGGAAAAACUGAAGGCUGUUGGCAUCACCUGUAAGUCCAGCAUUGGCUCCACCCCUACCUGUAGUCAUCCAGUCAAAGACAUGGCGCAGCUGAGCGAGGUCCACCCAGGAAACUACGUCUUCUAUGAUGUACAGCAGUCUACCAUUGGCUCAUGCUGUCUGGAGGACGUGGCUGUGAGGGUUCUCACAAGAGUCAUCGGUCACUGUCCACACAGGAACCAGCUCCUGAUUGACUGUGGAUGGGCUGGAAUCAGUUUGGACGGAGCUGGAAAACUUCCCACUGGAUACGCUGUGAUUGAGGGGCAUCCAAACCUCAAGUUGUUGUCUAUGACCCAGGAGCAUGGACGAGUGGAGCCCAUCUCAGAACAACUGGACUACAGCAAGUACCCCCUGGGCUCUCUGCUCACACUGAUUCCCUACCACUCAUGUGCAACAGCAGUGAUGCAUCCUGUGUACCAUGUACACUCCAAGGGUCGUCUGGUAGGGAAGUGGACGCCCACUCGCGGGUGGUGAAGAGCUGGACGAUGUUUCCCCCUUCUUGUCUCUUUGGGGCAGAUGAGAUGUAUAGAGACUCAUUCCAAAUUAUUUACACAUUAGAAACACAUACAGCGAUUCCUUCUUUUGUUAGUGAGAUGUGCCAUCUUGAUGGUAAAACAUAUAAUUAAUGAAAAUAUUCUUACUGUGGGCUUCAGAAGUUUCAUACUGUAACAGAAACCCUGUUCCACUAAUAUUAUGUCUUUAAAAUUAAUUUUUGUGUUCUGCACCUGUUUUGUCACUUUUUCACUGCCUACAAGGAGACCUAGCUAGUGAUGACUUCAUAGAAAGUCCUAUCACCUGUGCUUUGUGCUAUCGGCUAUUAAUACCAAUGCUAAUAAAUACAUGCUAAUGAAUGACAUUUUAUAUACAACUGCAAACUUUUGUGAUUUAUUUUUUCUAUCGAAAUAAAAACUUUCUU